AUGCUUCGUUUUUCAACAAGAACUACCAUAAAGCAUCUUUCUCGAACCCUGAAUCAAGGACUUCUUCAAGACUUGACCGCAUCAUGCGUCACCGUUGCCGACGAAUCCGCCGUGCUCAUCCGAAAGAUCUUCAAAAAUGGCGACCUUGGAGUCAUCGACAAGGGCGGCCUUAAAAACUUCCAAACCGAAGGCGACCGUGCUGUUCAACGAUUGAUCCUGAAGACCUUGAAAACCAAGUACCCACAAGUCACGGUCAUCGGAGAAGAAGACGGAGACGACGGAGAAGCGGGGGAUGAAAAAGUCUUUGAUGCUCUUGCCCCGGAAGUUAUGGAGAAAACCUUCCCAAAAGACCUGCAAGAUGUGGCGCCUGAGCGAAUCUGCAUCUGGGUCGAUCCUCUUGAUGGAACGAUGGAAUUCAUCGACCGAAUGCUUCAUCACGUGACCAUCUUGAUCGGCAUCGCCGUCGACGGAAAAGCAAUCUCCGGAGUGGUCAAUCAGCCAUUCUUUGGAUUCGACGAUGAAUCCAAAAACCCGAUCAAUGGGGAAGAUCAAUCUGGGGAGUCGUCGGUCUUGGAUCAUUCGGUCCUUUCGAGCAAAAACCACUUCCAAAGGUCAUGUUUGAGAAAAAAUAAAACAGAGAAUGACAAGAAAAUCAUCUGCACCACUCGAUCUCACGCUUCCCACGAUGUCAACGCUUGCAUUGAAGCUAUGAAGCCUGACGAAAUCCUUCGCCAAGGUGGAGCCGGAAACAAGGUCUUGCGAGUCAUCGAGGGCGACGCGCACGCUUACGUCUUUGCUUCCCCUGGCACCAAAAAGUGGGAUACAUGCGCUCCAGAAGCCAUUCUUGUUGCUAUGGGCGGCGCUUUGACUGAUAUGCACGGAAACGUGAUGCCAUACGACAAGAACGCGAAAAAGCCCAAUUCCGGCGGCGUUCUCGCCACAAUCUCCCCGAAACGCAGAAGUGGUACUUGGAACAUGUGCCCCAGUCUGUCCGGGACAAUCCUCAACUCCAGCCUUGAAAUAACUCAAACCCCUUCCUUUCUAGUUUUUAUAACUGUAUCAAUAGAAUCAUAG